AUGCAAAUGCCUGCCUGUGGAUUGUCGCAAGAGAGGUCCCUUGGUGUUGUACCUGGGACCCCGGGCCUCCUUUAUUUUGUGCCGUACGGAAUACCACGGAUACUUCAAUGUGGAUUUGCGAAUAGAAGCUUCCCGACAAGGCCCUGGUCCGAACGAGCAGACUACCACCUCGAAUAUGUGCUAGUCAACCUUAGUGCCCGCUUGGCAAAAGUCGUGCGUCCGGCUUGUCUGCUCCUUCUCACCUUCCUCCCCACGGCUCUGUGCCCCGGGGCUUUUUUGAAUAUGAACCGUCAACUUCUCUGA